AUGUUGGCGCUACGAAUUAUCAGAAGCCAGGCCGGUGCUUCGGGAAUCCCAGCACUGUUGGCGGCACAGCGCGCCGCUGUCCCUCUUCGUCCAGGCCGAGUCGCAAACUCGCAGGCUCGUCGUGUAGGGACAGUACUGGGGCGAGACCCCAAGGAUGACAUGGGCGGCCCCGGAGGUCAGGAAAUUUAUCCAGCCAGUUGGGGCAUUCAGAAACACUACCGCAUCGUUACUGCCCUUGGCGUUGCUACCGCCUGCGCCGUCAUGACCUUUGCCAAGCUCCUCGAAUGGAACAAAGACCCCGACUCUGUCUACGUCCUACUCCACGACUCAACCAAGGGCGAGCUUGGUGAUGUCCUCAAUCUCAGGGUAAAGCGGCCCGAGAUGGCAAAUCUCAAGUAAUUGAG